AAUAACACCCCAGAAUUCAAUCAAAUCAAAUUUCUCAAAUAGGACAAGACUUGCCUUUCUCUGUUUCAACAAAGAUUCUAUAUGGUAACCACAACUAUCGCAGCCUCUCAUGCAUAUCACAAACUAGCAGUCAAAUGUCACAUCUCUUUACAUUGAAAUGUUCUUCUGCUCAAUCAAUGUUUAUCCUAAGCUUCUGAUGAUUUAUCUUUCACCAGAAGCUGGUUGGUCAAGGUCCGUUCGAUGCUUUAUGGCAAACAGAAGAAAAGGGGUCUUGGAUGGUUAUCUGAAUAUCACACAGGAAGAACAGAGAGUUGUUUGUUUGGCUUCUUCUGCAGGGUUUACCCAGAAAUCCCAAAAUCAAACUCUACUACCAACAAAAGCCAGCGGAAACAUUUGUGGUUUCUGCACACAGUUUUACUGGCAAAGCGCACACACACACACACACACACACACACACACACACACACACACACACACACACACACACACACACACACACACACACACACACACACACACACACACACACACACACACACACACACACACACACACACACACACACACACACACACACACACAUAUAUAACCACAGACAUUUGUAUGCACAUUAACAUGAACAAGAAAAGACAAAAUGUAAUGUUGAUGCACACACUCAAUUGAACAGUAUGGGUGAAUACAUUUUCACACUAAGGAUCAAGCAUUUACCGCAAUGUUUCAGGCUGUAGUUAGUGAGCCACCACAAUGUUAAUUCCAGUUUCCCACCUUGCCAAAACUGACUUAGUGUCAGGGUUUGAUUCCCUCUUUGGCCCCCAACUCUAAGAAUAUAUUUUUGUGUAUAUUUCAAUUCAAAUUAAUGUUGUGUUUAAUCUAAUAAUAGAUUGAACAUAAAAUCGUCUCAGCCCAGGAAAUCGUGUUCUGACAAUCAAACCUCUCCUGGUACGCUGAGAGAAAUAACCACAACAUUUUCCGCAAUGUCAGCCAAUCACAAGUUCUUUUUCAUCUUUCCGCCUUCAGUCUAAUGGGCGUCAGAAAGGUAUCAAAUGUCUUUACUCCUCAACGGAUCAUCACCAUGAAAUGGAUGUAUAUAUUUCUACACGUUAUCUUGGGUGCUGUUGUGUCCUUUCAGAACGUACUCUCUAACCCAGUUUUGGAGCUGAUUGUGAGACCAGGAGAAAACGUUACUCUAUACUGUGACUGUAAUUCCUCAACUGGUGUUUAUAUCAUUUGGUUCAGAAAUUGUUCUCAUGAAAAUCAGCCAACAUUUGUAUUGGAAACCGUUGAAGCCAAUCAAAAAACGGAAAUUCAUGACUCAUAUGAAAGAAAAUAUUUACAUUAUAAUUUUAAAUGGAACAUAUCUACGAGCUCGUAUGAUUUACUGAUUAACAGCAUCAGUGAAACUCACCUGGGACUAUACUACUGCGGAACUCGAGAAAAACUUACUCUGGAUAAAGGAUUAAUCAAAUUUGUCUACACAUAUGGAAAUUCAACCACAAGGAUUUUACUUGGUGUUGGGGACCCUGCUGCUCCAGACUGUGGACAGUGCUGGAUACUUCUAGUCAUCCUGUGUCCGUCCUCUGCUCUUCUCCUCUCCCUCCUCUCAUCCUUGGUCGUCUACCUCCGCUGCAGAAGGAAAGAUGAAGACCUCCAUGUUGCUCAGACAUCACCCAGCAGUAGAGAUGUAACAUCAAUCAGGAACCAGGAUGAAGUUGGCCUGUGUUACGCUACACUGGAUAUCCCUCUACGUUCUCAGAGACCUAAAAAGAAGAGAGUCCAACCCUCAGAGUUCAGCACCUACUCAGCCAUCAAUACUAAGAGGAUGUGACCAUGACCAAGUCUUUAAUACCAAUACAGGGCUCUACUUCCUCAAUAUGACCUCAUCUUUAUGCUGUCAAGAGGAGGAAGAAUAUAUAGUUUAGUUAUAUGUAUAUAUUAUAUAGUAUAGCUAUAUCAUUCUCAAGAAAGUGCAAACAUGUGACAAAGUAAA